AUGAAUGAAUGCAUAAAAACAAAGGAAGAGUUAGAGGAAAUGGUGAAAAAUGAACAUGCAAAGAUUGGCAAAGAGGAAGAUGCUGCUAUGAAAACAAACACGGCACCCAAGCCUAGUAGCCCAAGUAAAGGGGUCCCUCUCCCUAAAUCCACUGCUGCAAGUAAAGGUACAAAAAGCUUAAAGACUUCAUCAGAAAAAGUCAAUGAUGGUGGUGGUAAUAAAUGUGUGGUUUGGGCAACAAACAAAAUUCCUUCAAAGACUACUAGCCCAAGUAAAGGUACAAGCAGCUUAAAGGCUUCAUUAGGAAAAGUCAAUGGUGGUGCUGCAAAGAAAACACCAUCAAAAUCUAGUACCCCACGUAAAGGUCCAAACAGCUUAAAGACUUCAUCAGGAAAAGUCAAUGGUGGUGGUGAUAAAUCUAAGGUUGGAGCUGCUAAGAAACCACCAUCAAAGUCUAGUAUCCCAAGUACAGGCACAGGCAGCUUAAAAAGUUCAUCAGGAAAAAGCAGUGGCGGUGCUGCAAAGAAAAUGCCAUCAAAAUCUAGUACCCCAAGUAUAGGUGUAAGCAGCUUGAAAAGUUCUUCUGGGAAAAGCAGUGGUAGGGCUGCAAAGAAAACACCAUCAAAAUCUAGUACCCCAAGUAAUGGUACAAGUAGCCUUUAA